UUUUUUUGUUUGUAAUAUUUAUUGAUUUUAGGAACAAUUAUGGAUACUGAUAUUGUUUCACCGAAUGGAUCUAAUUUUUACCUUAAUUCUCAUGCAGCUAUUCAAAGUACAUCACGGUCAAUACUUUAUCAAAUUUUAUAUGAUUUAAUUGGUUUUACAUCAGAUGACAUUCAACAAUUAACAUAA